AUGGCCACCUCGUUUCAAGCUCACGUUCACCACCCCUUCGAGGCCCCAUCUUCGGACUUACUUCUAAAUGCCCGGCGCGUCCCCGGCAUCACAGGGGACGGAAUGCAAUCCACUGUCUUCCAGCAUGAUGCGCAACAGUCCAGCGGCGAGGGCAUUUCCACCCUCGCCAAUCUUGUGCAAUCGCUGGGACGUAGGAGCGGUGGUAAAGUGACCUCAUCAAACAUCAUCAGCGCGGACUAUGAGGCGAUUCAGAAAUGGAUCCGCUCAGAGCGAAUGCGAAAGCUGCCUCCAGAGGGUAGUAGUUAUGAUAAAGUUCUUGUCUGGGCGCGCUUGUUUAUAGAGCGUCUGCAUAGGUUUGACUCGGCAAUUCAGCAUUUUGAGGGGGACAGUCAUAUGGCAGCUGAGUUGGCGUACAUCCACUGCGCGAGUCUUCUUGAGUUGGGAGAUGAAAAUUCUAGUGCUCUCUUGGAUGUUUUUGGUUUUUUCUAUCGUUGCUCGACCAGUCUGGAGAAUUUACUGCACCGAACGGAGUUAUUCACGGUUUCGCAAAACAUCAAAGACCAGCUGAUCCUCGCUUUGGCGGACCUGGUUACCUUGGUUGUCGGGGUCGCAAGCCACUGUCAUCUGUCCCUUGGCAGCCUGGCCACGGGAUCGGUCUCGAUUGAUAUCUAUAGUACUUUCAAUGCGUCUAUUGGGAGUUUUCGCGCUCGGUGUGAGGAUGUAUCGGAGAUGAUGUGGAGACAUCAGCUGUUGGGGGCUGGUCUCCAUGAGGAUAAGGUGACUCAAGUGAAGACAAUCAAGAACUGGCUCGAGCCGGAAGAUACCGUUUUGAGCAGUAUCACCGAAUUCACAGCGCACUUUGCCCAGGAAAGGGAGGAGUCAACGUGCCUAUGGAUGGCACCGUAUCUGACAGGUUUCCUUAAGAGCGAUCAGAAGACCCUGUUCAUCUGCGGCAAGCCGGGAGCUGGCAAGACCAUUUUGGCGACGGUGAUCAAUGACUACCUGCAAUAUCCUAUCGGGGGCGUCACGUACAGCUCCAUAUUUGUUCCGAUCAAUGCACGCAUAGAUGCCAGUACGACUCCAUGCGCAAUGGCAAAGUCCAUCCUUCAUCAGCUGUUCUCGGCACAUAUUGGCAACGUGCAGCUGUAUGAAAUUCUCGCAGAUGCGUAUGGCCGCUGCCAAAAGUCAACUCUUGACGAGCAGUACGAUAAUGUCCUCUGGCAUUCGCUCGGACUUGCCCUCCAAGCCAGUCUGAAGGGUGCGAAAGAACUCGUCCUCGUCGUCGAUGGAGCAGACGAAGCAAGCUGUGGACAGACUGCUCUGGUCAAUCGGCUCAGAGACGCGACCUCGAACGCGUCCAACCUGAAGCUGAUUAUUCUCGGCACACAGAAGCAGGAGACCUCCCCUACCCAGACUGCAGUGCAUGUUACUCCAGAACUGAUUUUCGAUGACGUUGCCGCAGUCGUCCGGAAGAUCUUCCAAAGCUGCUCGGCAUUUGGGGAGCUGCCCGAAGCACAGCAGGAGAUCAGCGUAACCCAGAUCGCAGAGGCUGCCAAUGGCUCCUUUUUGUGGGCUAAGCUUGCCGCGAAAAGGAUCAGAGACGAGAACCCGCCUCACGGGCAUGGUUUCCUGAAAACCGUUGACGCGUUGGCCAAGGCAGGGCUCUCUAUUACGGAUCUGGUCGUUCAUCGACUAGACUCCAAAGUGUCGGACGAGGCAAAGAGAAUGGUGAUGUGGCUCGCAACUGCCACGCGUCCUUUGACGCUACGGGAGUUGUCUGCGCUUUCGUCUGUUCGAGUGGAUAAGAGCACGAUCACCGAGGCAGGGGCGGAUCCGCUCUCGCUUUUGCGACCCCUUGUGUCUCUGGUCUUCUGCCAAAAUAACACUGUCUCCUUGCGACAUGGACAGAUCCGCGCAGCCAUCAUAGACACCGUCCACAAAGGCAAACUGUUCCCAGCCGUCGGGGAUAGGCAUACGGAUCUCGUCCGCAGGUUGCUUCUCUACGUCAAGCUGAAUAUAACAGACGACGAUGAGCUGUCUGAGACUCCAAUAAGCCCACAGAGGACGUCCAGGCUCCUGGAGCGGUUCCCACUUCUGGACUUCGCCCUGCGGUACUGGGUGGAUCACGCGAGAAGCGCGCUGGGGACUGAAACAGAUCAGCAGGUCCGCACAGUAGGAAAGGAAAUUUCGCCAUUCAUCCCCACCAAGCCAGUUGUACCACUGCUAGAAAUGACUGUAUGGCAAGCAAAACCAACUCCGGUGCUGCUGUCCUUGCACAGAGUUCAAACUCGCCUCUACCGGCAGACACUCACCGUCGACCAUCCGGCAACUCAGCAGGCGAUCAUCUGCCAAGCAGUCUUCUACCGCGAAUUACGGGAUAUAGUUCCUACUGAAGCUAGCCAUAUCUUCUACCAGGCGGCGAUUGUAUGCCAAAAAGCGCUCUCCGGCCAGCACGUCAUCACCAGGAGGAUGGCCCAGGACUUCCUCGAAAGCACCGCCAAUCAAGUCACCAAGUCACGGACGGAGAUUAUGAUAAGGCGGACUGAGAUGCUUCAGCUCCUUGUAGAAUGCUACAAGGUGCAGUAUGGACAGAAUAGUAAGAUUGUCAUUUCGACAUUGACACAACUCGUGGAGCAUUUGAAGUAUAUCAAGGAAGAGCACAAGGCGCAGCAAAUCGCAGCUUCACUGGAAACAAGUCUCACGGAGACUACGGCAUCGCGGCAGCCUAUGUCCCACCAGCCCGAUGAGUCGUUGCUCGUUCAGCUUCAUGGCCGAAAGCCCUGCGUUCAGGAAGGCACAAGUUUUGCUCCAGAUGACAUUGAAGCCGAUGAGCUUAUCUCGCAAACAACGAGUUCAUACCUUUACUCCUCUCUGUACAGUGAGAUUGAGAGCCAGGUGCAGUCCAUCAAAGAGGAGACAGCAAGCUGGUCCGAGUCCACGACGACAGAGUCGAGUUCUCAAGAAAUCAUUUCCAGUAUAUCUGACGCGAGCUCCUCUUCCAUCACAGCGGCUCAGAGUCUUGUCGAAAUGUACUUGUCCCAGCAUCAAUGGCAGGAUGCAACGAAAGCUCUGAAGGCGAUUCUGCUCCGUGUUUGGCCGUCCUUCUUUACUUCAUCAAUCCAAGACGUGGAGCUUCCGUCGGAGAACGUCGAUCACUGCAUUCACCUGGCACAGCGCCUGAGGAACUGCUAUCGCGUCAGAGGCCGUUCAGCAAAAAUGGAGGACAUCUCCCUUCGUCUCUAUCACAGCAUCCGGCGAGGCCGCCCUAUUGGAAAUGAGCUGCGAGAGCGAGUCACAAGGGAUCUUCUACAAUUGUAUGAGCGUAGAUCUCACACUGACAAGCUGAUCCGCAUCCAUCAGGAUAUACUGGACGAUUUGACGAAGAAAUUUAGAGAAGAUCAUCCUGCGGUCCUCAAAGAACUUCGGACAUUAGCGGACCUUACACAGCCGCGCUCAGCUUCCGUCGGCUACCAUCGCCGAAUCGUCCAGAUCCUGAACAAGGAGUCCGACACCUGUCACUCUGACGCUUUCGAGUCUCUUCUCAUCGUAGCGACAGAGCUUUUGGACCAGGGACGCUACUCCGAAGCGCGAGAGUACUGGAAAACCUUGUUCAAUACCCUCCGACAGCCAAACAUUAACCAGAAAAUUCGAGACCCGGAGUUCGUCAAAUCAGUCUAUGAGCGGUACACUCAAUGUUUGCGUAUGGCACACACGGAGCUCCAUGUUAUACACGAUGUGACAGUUCAGUAUCGCCACAUCUGUGAGACGAGAUUUGGAGCCACUGCCUCGAUCACCAUCCAGUCUACGAACACAUUGCUGGAGAUCUGUCGGGAAUCCAAGCGAUACGAAGACGAAGCCGUAAAACUGUGCGAACAACUCCUCAGUACCCAAUCCGUCGAUGCCGAGAUCGACAAAGAAGAACUCCAGGCAAUCCUGGAUGCUUAUCACGAAGAGCAAUACUCAUCAAUGGCGUCGGCAAGUGUCGAAUCUAUGACCUCCGAGCAGGUACAGCGAGUGAUCACCAUCCGAGAGAAACGGCUAUCUACUGUACAGUCUACCUGCGGAUGGGCCCAUCAGAACUCCCUGUCUGAGAUGAAGGAGCUGAUAUCCCUAUAUAAUAAACGAGGGGAGACGCAAACAGCCGUGUCGCUGCUCCAAAGAGCGACUCUCCAAAUUGUUUCGAAGGAAACCUCUGCAACCAAACUCGCAGCUGCCGCCCAGACCAUUGCGUCCAGCUAUAUCGCGAUGGAUCAGGCCGAACGGGCAAAGGAGCUCUCCGAGGAGCUCUACCGUCAAAUUGUGAUCAAGGAAGCCGGCGCCAUGGAUCUCGUCCUGCCUUCUGGUGGCCAUCGGAGCUUGGUCUUCCUCGCGCAUUUUCAAUACGCUGUUCGAGAACAUAAAGAGCGCUCGCUCACGGUAAGCGACUUUCAUUCGGCUCUGUGUGCUGAGUACGUUUACUUUGAGCGAUACCGAUCAGUAGCUCGCUCCAAGUCCAGUACACUAGAGGCCAUGCUAGGCAGUGCUGCUCGCCUGUAUGGACUUCUUCGCGCCAGAAGACAGGAGUCGAUGGCCGCCCAUCUUGUAGAAGAUGUCGCGAACUCCUUCAUCGCGAGCGAGAAGGAAAAGGUCCAGGUGAGCUUCGGUGAGGCCAAGGCCUUUAUCGACACUCUUCUGGAGUACUUUAGCAUGCAUGCCAGUAAAAACUUGCUGCGGUCCGUGGCCAUCGCAUGCUACCGCCGUGUGACGCAGCUCCUCGCCACACGAGACCACCAGGUUGCCUGCGACCUGGCUGUGACCACAUUCAAGUACAUUCAGGCGCACAAUGGAUUCUCCUCCUCACUGAGCGUCGUUAGACUCAUCUUUAAUCUGGGUCUAGCUAUCUCUGGGCAGGAUCUGAAGCCGCGUCCAGAGGCAGCGACAAGAAAGCAAAUGCUCAACGUGUCAGGAACCAUUAUGAGCGCAACGCUGGGAUACUGCAAGCAAGCCAACAUCGACCUCACCCAACUGGACCUCGUGACACUGAACAAGCUGAUCAAGAUCUUGGACGCUCAAAGCGAUUAUGCCAACCUCGCCUGGCUCCUCACGGGGCUCUGGAACAGUCGCGAUCGGUACCCGCCCUCGCAGCAGGAGGCGACAUACACACUCGCGCUGGGACGCAUGCUCGUCAUUACCCGGUAUCUGAUGGGCGAGUACAUGGCCGCCAUCCGACUAGCCGAGGACAUCGUAUACAACUGCGCCCGUGUGCAUGGCCCCCAGCACCCAAGCACCGAUGAGAUGACCGUGCUCCUAUCCCAGAUGUACACCAGCGUGGCCCAGGGAUACCAGGGUCGAAAGGAGCGCCGCGAACUCGCAUACCGGUACUAUAAGAAAGCCGCGGCACUGCACGAGAACGCGCUCCGAGCCUUCAUUGAUCCCACCUCCUUGGCUUCACCGGCGAUGGAGGAAGGAGCGAGCUCGCCUGGUUCUGAGUACGGACCGCGUAGUCCCGGCGAGAGACCGGAGGAUUCGGGCAAGUAUGUCCGGCAGCACCUGCAUUUGCUCAAGCUAGCGGUGGAGCGUCUGGGUAAUUGGCCCAAGGACUAUACGGAGUAUGAGAGGCUCAAUUCCGCUCUCUUCCAGGCGUUUGGAGACGAUCUCAAGGGUGUUGAGGGGGUGGACAAGUGGGAUUUGAAGAACUUUGGUUCUGGUCGGGCCGAAGCCAGCGACGAUUUGAUUUCACCCAAAUCGCAUCCACCAUUUGGUCUGGGUGAACAGUUCGCGAUUGCUGUUUGA